ACCCCACAGCUGUUCGAAGUCGGUCUGCGAAAAUGAACAUCUUGAGACCUCCAACAACAUGGAUAAAUGGCCGCUGUUAUCGCAUAAUUAGUCCCGUGUCAAGCCAGGUGACAACUGGAUAUAUGGAAGAGGACUCCUAUGGAUUCGAAGAUGCAGUAUACCAGGAUGAGGUAGAGUGUGGUGGGGAAGUUCCUGAAAUUCAAGUAGAAGUGCUGAAGAAUGGAAAAUUUCAAACUUCGAUUCCAGUUCCAAGCACAUAUUUUUCAUACAUCAUUGGAGCAAAAGGAGCUACAAAGAAAAGAAUUGAAUUAGAUACAUACACGAAUAUUCAUAUACCCGGAAAAGGACAAGUUGGAGAUAUCGUGGUGGUCGGGAAGGACAUGAAGACCGUGCGUCAGGCGCGAAUGAAAGUCGAAUUACUGGUGGAUCAGGCUCGGAAGAAACAACCGUUUACACAUUUCCUGUCAAUACCUUUUAACAAGCCGAAUAUUCAAGAGAAGUUCUUGGAAUUUAAGAAAGGAGUCCUUGAGAAAUGUGGGGAAAGCAGAGGUGUCGAUGAAUCAAUAUUCCAGGAUCCAAAUAAGCUUCAUUUAACGUUAUGUGUGAUGGUGCUUGCUGAUGACCGGGAACGACGUCAGGCUGUUGAAACUCUCAAUAUGUGUCCUGAAAAUGUCUUAAAACGACUUUUAGCUGGAGAAAAACUACGCUUAGAAAUGAAAGGAAUUGAAUACAUGAACGACGACCCAGGUGAAGUGGAUGUAUUAUAUGGCCAAGUAAAUGCACUGAGCUGGUCGCAUUCUCUCCAAACUAUAGCAGACUCUCUGGUUGAUGAAUUUGUUAAGGCUGGUUUAGUAACCAAACAGUAUGAAAGAGUGAAGCUGCACAUAACCCUGAUGAAUACAAUCUUUAGGAGAGAUUCAGAUGGAGUCACAGAAGCAAAGGCUGGGCGGGACCGUGAAACUUUCUCAGCACGACAAAUCUUGGAGGAAUUUCAAGACUAUUAUUUUGGAGAGAUGGAAAUCGAGGAGGUCCACCUUUCUGUCCGCUAUACAACUGCCAAUAAUGGAUUCUACUCUGCGUCAGGAAAGAUACAGGUGUUGCCCACAUCCGAGGGGUAGUCUAGAGAUUAGAAGAUUUUGUUACCUCUUGCUGUGAUGAAAAAUGCCCAAAAGAUGUGAAAAAUAGGAUUUGAAGGGAUUAUAUUUAUGUUGGUAAUAAUGUAAACGUGCAAAUUAUAUUAAUGUUGUUAUAUCACUUGCAUCAAUUUAUUCAAUUUAUUUAAAAUAGUGGCCUAAAGGAUAUCUUCUGACUUAUUCUUUGUAUAGUUAUUUGCAAAUUAUUUUUAGAACUGUAAAGUUAUCCUUAUUCAAAAUUUUAGUUAAAAUCAUUGAAAAUCUAGGUUCUCAGUAAACUGUGAAAUUAAAAUGUUUAAAAUUUAUUACUUUGAAUUAUAUGAAAAAAAAUUA